AUGGAACCAGAAGAUAUACUACUCGAAGAUGAACGAGUUCAACGUCCUGUGCCCAAGAAGCUUCUCUUAUCAAAAAACGAGGAGCCAGGAUCCGCAGGUGAAUGUUCGGAUCCGGGAGAACUACUGGAAUCAUCGGCCUACGCUACACCUGCGCCACAUUACGUAACGGAGUUCGGCAUGGAAUAUCCGCUAUCAUCGCAUAUCAACAAUAAUACUACCACUACCUAUGUCUACACCGAUAACAAUCAGUAUAAUACUUACUAUCAGUAUUCCGGAAAUGUGCACUCUCCCACACAAUCCUACAUGAUCCAUGGCCACGGUUCGCAAUCACCUGUAUCGGUUGAGGACGACAACGCUGCCGGACUUGGAGCCGCUACCAGGGCUUCCCCAGCUACCAUCCAAUGGCUUUUGGACAAUUACGAGACAGCUGACGGAACUUCACUUCCACGUUGUGCACUAUAUGAUCACUACAAGAAACACUGUCACGAGCACAAACUCGACGCAGUGAACGCGGCUUCGUUUGGUAAACUGAUUCGAUCGGUGUUCAAUGGUCUUCGUACAAGACGAUUGGGAACUCGUGGAAACUCUAAGUAUCACUACUAUGGGAUUCGAAUCAAAGCCGACUCACCACUGAUGCAGUCUCACGUUCCGGAACGCUAUUCCCCUCAUGAAGCAUCGGCUCCGAUGAGCAGGCCGUCCUUGAAGCGUCCCAACACAGCGAUGUCUUCAGUGCAGAGUAGCAGGCCAGCAAGCAGAUCAAAACUGAAUCUUGUAUUUUCCUUCCACUACCUCGUGAUAACUUCUCCUCUUCUCCCUUCCCCACAGCUUAGUCGCCACCGUCUGCUUCAAACAGUGAUUCCUUUUGUUCUCGGACAACUUUUGAGUUUAUCGACUCCCUAUUGCAGCAGCCCAGCUCCACAACCAUCUCCCAAUGUUCCACCACCAUCAGCCCAUCAGACGCUGACAGGCUUUCGUUGGGGAACGGUGAGGUGCCAUUUAUCCAGACUCCACAAACGGAUGGUCUAA